AUGGUCUAUGGGUAUCCCACUCCGAUCAAUGCUUUCAACGAUCGGGAAGCGCUGCUGGCGAGAAGACCAAGCAGUUAUUCCGAGGAGCACGCAUACAAAGAAAUGCACCAGACUCUGAUGAGCUACGUCAAGAAGUACUGGCCGGAGGUUUACGCUCAAAUUCCCCAGGACGGUCGACGCUACUGGCCUGAGAUCCUUAUGGACGAUAGCCCGGAUCCAGUGGACGAGGAUCUCGAGGUCAACACUCGAGGCGAAACCGGCUCAGGUCUUCUGUCCCCCGUGAACGAAGAUGACUCCGAUAGUGCAACUUCAAUCAUGGUUUGGGGAUAUCCCACUCCGCUCAAUGCUUUCAACGAUCUAGAUGCGCUGCUGCAGGAAAGACCAAGCAAUUACCCUGAGGAUAUCGCAUACGAUGAAAUGCACCAGGCUCUGAUGAGUUACGUCGAGGAAUACUGGCCGGACGUUUACGCCCAAAUCCCCAAGGAUGGCAAACGUUAUUGGCCCCGGAUAAUCAUGGACGACACCCCGGACGAGGACCUUGGUGUCAACUCUCGAGGCAAAACCGGCUCAGAUCCUCUGGAUCCCCUGGACGAAGAUGACUCUAGUAGUGCAAAUAGUGAAUCGAGCGGCGAUGUCGCUGUUCCUCCAUAG